AUUAAACCUGUUUCACUUUACUUUCGUUUUUGAAACGGUGAUUAACAAUCGGGUCUGUGCAAAAUGGCUUAUUUUGGCAAGGAAUUCAAACUAGACAGGCAGGACAACUACGAUGCCUUUGUCAAUGCUGUUUACGCUGGAAUUGCCGACGAACAAUAUAGACAAGCCCUAAUUGCCGAUAAACCAACGUACAAACUUGUCAAAUCAGGCGAUGGUUACACCUUGUAUACUACAAAGUCUGAUAAAAGCAAUCACGAGGAACACUUUGUCCCUGGAGUUGAAUAUGAUGAAGUUGUUGGAGGCAAGAAUGCCAAAUAUACGACCACUGUGGAUGGCAACAUCUUCACUAAAGCCUUGAAGUUUCCUGAAGGCACUAUCACGGUUAAAAGGGAGUUCAAUGACAACGAACUUGUUACUACCUACACCUGUGACAAGUGGGAAGGUACAGCUGUCAGAUACUUCAAGGUUUAAACUUGUACUCGUAUGUUAAUUACUUUAUAUUCUUUAAAAAACAUAGAAACCUAAAUGAUGUUUUAUUUUUUGUGUCCGCC